CCAUGUAGGAAGCCGAGGCUGGCGAGCCCGACACUCGGGAGCCACUGUAGGGGGGCCUUUUUGCGGGGAGGCGUCGACCGGGGCUGCCUCGGCCGCCCCCAGGGAAGCGGCGGCCGCGUUCCUCCGGGGCACGCCGGGGCCCGAGAGCCGCGCAGGGCGCGGGCCGCGCCGGGUGGGGCAGCCGAAGCGCAGGCCCCCGAUCCCCGGCGGGCGCCCCUGGGCCCCCGCGCGCGCCCCGGCCUCCGGGAGACUGGCGCAUGCCACGGAGCGCCCCUCGGGCCGCCGCCGCUUCUGCCCGGGCCCCUGCUGUUGCUGCUGUCGCCUGCGCCUGCUGCCCCAACUCGGCGCCCGACUUCUUCAUGGUGUGCGGAGGUCAUGUUCGCUCCUUAGCCGGCAAACGACUUUUCUCCUCGCCUCCUCGCCCCGCAUGUUCAGGACCAAACGAUCUGCGCUCGUCCGGCGUCUCUGGAGGAGCCGUGCGCCCGGCGGCGAGGACGAGGAGGAGGGCGUGGGGGGUGGCAGCGGAGGAGGCGAGCUGCGGGGAGAAGGGGCGACGGACGGCCGGGCUUAUGGGGCUGGUGGCGGCGGUGCGGGCAGGGCUGGCUGCUGCCUGGGCAAGGCAGUCCGAGGUGCCAAAGGUCACCACCAUUCCCAUCCCCCAACCUCGGGUGCCGGGGCGGCCGGGGGCGCCGAGGCGGAUCUGAAGGCGCUCACGCACUCGGUGCUCAAGAAACUCAAGGAGCGGCAGCUGGAGCUGCUGCUUCAGGCCGUGGAGUCCCGCGGCGGUACGCGCACCGCGUGCCUCCUGCUGCCCGGCCGCCUGGACUGCAGGCUGGGCCCGGGGGCGCCCGCCAGCGCGCAGCCCGCGCAGCCGCCCUCGUCCUACUCGCUCCCCCUCCUGCUGUGCAAAGUGUUCAGGUGGCCGGAUCUCAGGCAUUCCUCGGAAGUCAAGAGGCUGUGUUGCUGUGAAUCUUACGGGAAGAUCAACCCCGAGCUGGUGUGCUGCAACCCCCAUCACCUUAGUCGACUCUGUGAACUGGAGUCUCCCCCUCCUCCUUACUCCAGAUACCCAAUGGAUUUUCUCAAACCAACUGACUGCCCAGAUGCUGCACCUUCCUCCGCCGAAACCGGGGGAACGAAUUAUCUGGCCCCUGGGGGGCUUUCAGAUUCCCAACUUCUUCUGGAGCCUGGGGAUCGGUCACACUGGUGCGUGGUGGCAUACUGGGAGGAGAAGACGCGCGUCGGGAGGCUCUACUGUGUCCAAGAGCCCUCCCUGGAUAUCUUCUAUGAUCUACCUCAGGGGAAUGGCUUUUGCCUCGGACAGCUCAAUUCGGACAACAAGAGUCAGCUGGUCCAGAAGGUGCGGAGCAAGAUUGGCUGUGGCAUCCAGCUGACGCGGGAAGUGGAUGGCGUGUGGGUUUACAACCGCAGCAGUUACCCCAUCUUCAUCAAGUCCGCCACACUGGACAACCCGGACUCCAGGACGCUGUUGGUGCACAAGGUGUUCCCUGGUUUCUCCAUCAAGGCUUUUGACUAUGAGAAGGCGUACAGCCUGCAGCGGCCCAAUGACCAUGAGUUCAUGCAGCAGCCAUGGACGGGCUUCACGGUGCAGAUUAGCUUUGUGAAGGGCUGGGGCCAGUGCUACACCCGCCAGUUCAUCAGCAGCUGCCCGUGCUGGCUGGAGGUCAUCUUCAACAGCCGGUAGUCGCGUGGGGAGAAGAGGGACAGGAUGGAGCGCGAGCCGAGCAGGCCACCGUUCAAGCUCCUUGCUGCUAACCUUUUCCGGAGUGAUGCUUUUCAUGCAAACUCUUUGGUCGGUGUUGUUGUUGCCAUUCAUUGUUGGUUUUGUCCUGUUCUGUUUUGUUUUUUGUUUUUUUUUCCUCCUUUCUCGUCAUUCUUAACUUGUGUCCCGUUCGUUCGUCUCGUUCUUUGAGGAGUUAGCUUAUGAUGCGGAUUUUUGUUGUUUUUGUUUUGUUUUGAGGUGGUGGGUGUGGUUGGCAGGACCCCCCCCCAAACGAAAACGGGAAACGAGAGAGUCAGCACUGCCAAGCAUGGUGUGUGAAAGUGGGUACCACCUUCCCUUUGGAUCAGCCUUUCGUUUGUCGGGUGUGUAGGGGUGUACGCAAGCGACAGAUGGGGGAAUGACGUGCUUUCUGUGUUCUUUAUGGAUGUCCCCGGCUGAGAGGCUUGCGGCUCCAAGCUGUGUGUCUCUCGAGCCUUUUGGACAUGCUCGGUGGGGCAGAGGCAGUACCUGGGCAGACUGGCAGCGGGUGCCAAGCUCUGCUCCAGCCUGCUGAAGCUGCCCCGCCCCACCCCGCCCCCCUCCCUACAGGACACGGGCCUAUCCACAGGCUUCUGAGAAGCCAGCCUGCUAGAAGGCUGAACCAGAACCAAUUGUUUUCAUCCCUGUCUUACUGCCUCCUGUCACCCGCUGCCAUUGUCAAGUCUGUCUUUUUUAGCCAUCUGUUCCUGGAUCUCUCUCUUGAGAUGGGCUUCCCAAGGGCUGCCGGGACAGCCCCAGUCACAGUAUUGCUACCCCCAGUACCCACUCAGGCCCUUCCUUCCACCGGUCCCAGCCGUGGUUUUUUUCAUCAGGUUUCUCCCAGAUGUGGAAAGUCAGCUCAGUAGCCCACCCCCCAGCCUGGGUGCUGAGCUCUGUAGACCAGCGAGGGGCAUCAGGGAGGGACCUGCUCAGUGGCCCCCCUUCCUGCUGAGAAGGGUGUAGCCCUGUCAUGACAAAGGUACCAUCCUAGGCUGGCUCCCAGCUCUUCUCUCAGCUCAUACACUCGUAUGAUACUUUGACACUGUUCUUAGCUCAAUGAGCAUGUUUAGACUUUAACAUAAGCUAUUUUUCUAACUACAAAGGUUUAAAUGAACAAGAGAAGCAUUCUCAUUGGAAAUUUAGCAUUGUAGUGCUUUGAGAGAGGAAAGGACUCCUUAAAAAAAAAAAAGCUGAGAUUUAUUAAAGAAAAAUGUAUUUUAUGUUAUAUAUAAAUAUAUUAUUACUUGUAAAUAUAAAGACGUUUUAUAAGCAUCAUUAUUUAUGUAUUGUGCAAUGUGUAUAAACGAGAAGAAUAAAGAAAAGAUGCACUUUGCUUUAAUAUAAAUGCAAAUAACAUGCCAAAUUAAAAAAAAAGAUAAACACAAGAUUGGUGUUUUUUUCUAUGGGUGUUAUCACCUAGCUGAAUGUUUUUCUAAAGGAGUUUAUGUUCCAUUAAACAAUUUUUAAAAUGUAU